AUGCGUCGUCGACUCGAAACGAUCGCGACGGUCCCACCUCCAAAGCAACUGACUGAACCGUUAUCCCUCGGCGCGUGUGCGAGAGUCGUGGAGUGCACGUGCUGCGCUUUGUCGUCAUCAAACGACGACGAGAACAUUCAUAAUCUCGUUCUUGGAUAUUCCGACGGCACCGUUGCACUUUUUAAAGACGAUGGAAAGAAGAAUCAUCAUCCUCGCGUGGCAGAAUGCGAAUGGAUCAACAGAAGAAGAAGAAGCGACGACAACAACGACGAAGAAGAUGAGUUUGACGACGACGAGAAUGAGUUCGACGAAGCGUUGUUAGACGAGGAAGAAAAGAUGAAACUCGGCGUCGAUUGCGUCAAGGCGACGCGAAAUUUCGUCGUCCGAGCAGCCGGAUCCGGGUAUCAGAGAGCCUCGAUCGAUGUUUUAGACGUAAAGACGGGUAAAAAGCUGAUAUCUUUACGUUUGCCGACGUUUUGGCCGCCGGAGUGCGCGGCGUUUGAAGUGCAAUGCGAGGAGUUUGACGACGGGCAGAUUGUCGUUUUAGCGACGAGUUGUCGAACGACGAAAAGGAGUUACGAGAACGUCGUCGGGUGCGAGAGCGCGUUUGCGGCGUGGGUGCCUUUUCGAAGGAAAGGUGGGUGCGACCCGGUGGUUUCCUGGAGACUUGGGCCGCACAUAACGUUGGCGAAUGAAAGAGAGAGGGUGGUGGAAGGGUUCUUGUGUCCGACGAUUCGAGUGAAGGAGAAAUCUUUGUCGUCGUACAAAGAGGAAACGAGAUAUUUUGAUAUCUUUUUUGAGCGGGUGACGGAGUUGAACGGAGAAGUGAGAGCGACGAGCGGGCGGACGACGAUUUCGUUCGACCCAGUUUCUAAAGAGACGGAAGUUCACGCGCCGGUGACGUUUGACGAGGACGCGGAGACAAAGUCGUGGGGGAAGACGGCCUCGAAAGUGCGGCAAGCGAGGAAAGAGGAAAGAGAUAAAGCGAUGAGCGAUAAGACGUACCAGAGAGAGUUUGGCGUGAUUAAAGGGUUUCGAGGGAGUGGGGUGCUUUUAAUCUACUUUCCGAGCGGAGAAGCUGUCGUGAGAGCGUUUGCGGAUCCAGCGACGCGAAGAACAAAGACCGUCUCGAAAGCGGAUUUAAGCGUCCUCGAGCAGAGUUUACGAGAGGCAAUUAUCGGUAACUCUCAAGGAAGGGAACUGGAUUCAAUUCAUAUCAAUAACGGCAAUAACGUCGUCGUGGAAGAGAAAAAUGCGUUCUCGAUGUUUAUUUUAAGCAGAGAAAUGGACGAGCACGCGAGUAAAUCGAAUCCGACGUCGCGCGCCGUCUUUCAACACCUUCGCGUCCCGUUCGUUCCCGAAGAUACGACGACGACACCAGCAGCAGCAGCAGCAACAACAACAACAACAAAGAAUGAAACCAACGUUGGUCAAGCGUCGCCCUUUCCUUCCACGAAAUCUCUCUUAGACGACGUGAUCGAUGUCAAAGACUCCGGAACCGCCUCCGGCAACAGAAAAGAAGACCGCGCGUGCGCUUUGUGUUUAGAGAGCGAAGUCGAGUUAGGAAAAACGAAUCUCCUGAACGACAUGCCGUGUUGCUCGAGCACGAUAUGUAAAAAGUGCUUACUCGCGUACGUGAGACAGUAUCCAGGCGCGGGGUGUCCGUCGUGUCGCAACGUGCCCUCUUUCCACGCGUUCGCCGGAAGCUCGUUUGCCGGCGCGUCUCCUUCUCGCAAAGUCGUCGCGGAAACUCAAAUUAUCGACAUCGAAUCCUUCAACGCGCGAGAAGGCUUAGCCUCGGCGCUCGCGAGAGCGAGCUCAGAAUCUACCGGUUCAGAGUUGGAAGAUUUAGAGUUGUACGAAUCGAGUCGAGGCAAACGAGAGAAAAUUGCGUUUUGUGGUAUCGCCGGCGUCGGCGAGCCGCGAACGGUCGUCACGCUCGGCGCGAACGGCGUCGCGUACGCGAACGCGAUGGUGAUGUCAAAGUAA